AUGACCGGCAAACUUACCGGCGCAUCAGUCGCCGAACAUAACUCCAAAGACUCAUGUUGGGUCAUCGUUCACGGCAAGGCCUAUGAUGUAACUGAGUUCCUCCCCGAACACCCUGGUGGUCAAAAGAUUAUUCUUAAAUACGCAGGCAAGGAUGCGACCGAAGAAUUCGAGCCUAUUCACCCACCCGAUACCUUGGACAAGUUCCUUGAUCCGUCAAAGCAUCUGGGCGCGGUCGACAUGAGCACAGUGGAGCAAGAAGAAAAGGCUUUCGAUCCAGAGGAGGCCGAGCGUCUCGAGCGCGUUUCCCGCAUGCCUUCCCUGGCGGCCUGCUACAACUUGUUGGACUUUGAAGCAGUGGCUCGCCACGUUAUGAAGAAGACCGCUUGGGCAUACUACUCAAGUGGAGCUGAUGAUGAGAUUACAUUGCGUGAGAACCACGCAGCCUUCCACAAAAUCUGGUUCCGGCCCAGAAUCCUUGUCGAUGUCGAGAACAUUGAUAUGAGCACGAAGAUGCUGGGCACCAAGUGCUCAAUCCCAUUCUAUGUGACUGCGACCGCACUCGGCAAGCUUGGUCACCCCGAAGGCGAGGUAGUUCUCACAAAAGCUGCACACCAACACGACGUCGUGCAAAUGAUCCCUACCCUGGCAUCUUGCUCGUUCGAUGAGAUCGUCGAUGCCAAGCAAGGCGACCAAGUCCAGUGGCUUCAGCUCUACGUGAACAAGGACCGCGAGAUCACGCGCAAGAUUGUUGAGCACGCCGAGAAGCGUGGUUGCAAGGGCCUUUUCAUUACUGUCGAUGCUCCGCAGCUUGGCCGUCGCGAGAAGGAUAUGCGCUCCAAGUUCUCCGACCCUGGAUCAAAUGUGCAAUCCGGUGGUAGCGAUAUCGACCGCUCGCAAGGUGCUGCUCGCGCCAUCUCUUCUUUCAUCGAUCCGGCUCUUUCAUGGAAGGAUAUCCCAUGGUUCAAGUCAAUCACCAACAUGCCCAUCGUGCUCAAGGGUGUCCAGUGCGUAGAGGAUGUGCUACGUGCCGUUGAGGCAGGCUGCGAUGGAGUUGUCCUAUCCAACCACGGAGGUCGGCAACUCGAAACCGCUCGCUCGGGUAUCGAAGUGCUCGCCGAGGUGAUGCCGGCGCUCCGCGAGCGUGGAUGGGAGAAGCGUAUCGAAGUCUUCGUUGAUGGCGGAGUUCGUCGCGCUACUGAUAUCAUCAAGGCACUUUGCCUCGGCGCGACGGGUAUUGGAAUCGGAAGACCAUUCCUGUAUGCGAUGUCCGCGUACGGUCUUGAUGGUGUUGACCGAGCGAUGCAGCUUCUCAAGGAUGAGAUGGAGAUGAACAUGAGGUUGAUCGGUGCUGCUCGUGUCGAGGAUCUCAAUCCCAGUAUGGUUGAUACACGUGGACUGCUGGGCGGACAUAACGGCAUUGUGCCUACUGACACACUCGGAGUUGGGGCUUAUGAUCCCCUGGAAGCGCCGAGAUUCAACGAGAAGGCGAAGUUAUAG